AUUUCCAAUACUUCUUGUAAGCAUAUGUAGUUAACGGUGCUGUUGCACGUGUAAUUUGUAAUCAGCGUCUAAGCCUAUGCCAUUUCUCUGGUUUGCAAUAAUAAAACACUGAAAGUGUCAGAGAUUUACCGACAAAUCAUUAAAUAAUUUUAUUCAGGAAACAACAUUUCAUGGUGAAUAAUGUCAAAUAAGAGAUCUGUAUCCUGUGGUCUUGACUUUUGCGCUGUCCCGGAUUUAAAUAACUGCCUUUUUACAGCAACUUCGUCGAAAUAUGAAUUCAUAUGCAUUCCGCUCGUACAUCCUUUAUUUAAAAGAGAAUUUAUUUCUGGUGCUGCAAAAAGACGUUCUGGUCCAUUUACCAGACCAGACUUAGUUUUGUGUAGUUCUGAUUGGAAUAAUUUAAUUAUUGGUAAACUAUCACCACAUAUUAAUGUUGAUUCAAAGAAUCCUAUUGUAAAAAAAAAUAGCGAAGAAACCCUACUUCAAGAAUUAUCUUUGGCGAGCCAUUUGGGUCUUGUUGGAGUUACUUUUAAGUUGACGAAAGGGAUAGAGCACAACGCAAAUCUUGCUAGAAUUAUCUGUGAUAAAAUGUCAAGCACAUGUAGCUUACAGGUUUGGAUACAAGUACCUAUGGAAAAUCCGGUUAUACAAACUUAUUCUUACAGAGAACAAGAACAUGGUUUGGCAGAAAGUCCAUGGGAAUGGUGGAAUGCCUUCAGAGUAAUAUGCGAUUACGAUAGAAAGCUAGGCAUUGUAUUGCUUGUAAGCCAUGAUCUUCCUGAACAAGAAGAGAUUGAUAGGUGGCUAGGAGAACCGGUUAGGUGUUUGAUUAUUCCUACAACACUAUUUAUUUCGAAUAAAAAGGGAUACCCAGUCUUAAGUAAAGCACAUCAAACAUUAGUGAAAAAGUUUGCUGUAUUAGAAGUACAAUUUAUACUCACAGGAGCAAAUCGGCAUCAAAAUAUCAGUUAUUAUCAUAACUAUCUGGAGUACUUAUGGAAGGGAUGUCAAACAAGCGGGCCAGUCGAACGAUUUGCUCGCGGUUACGAAGAUUAUUUACAAUGUCCUCUGCAACCGCUUAUGGACAAUCUCGAAUCUCAAACGUACGAAGUGUUUGAGAAAGAUCCUGUUAAAUAUACACAGUAUCAAACGGCCAUUCAUGAAGCAAUUCUUGGAAUUAAGUCUAAAACAACAGAUAAAAAUAGAAAAAUAGUGAUAAUGGUAGUUGGUGCUGGAAGAGGCCCGCUUGUACAUGCCUCCUUAAAUGCAGCAGAAAUGGCUGAUCAACAAAUCAAAGUAUAUGCCGUAGAAAAGAAUCCUAACGCAGUAUUAACUUUACAGGCACUUGAAAGGGAUAUGUGGGAAGACAGAGUAACAGUAGUAUCGUGCGAUAUGAGAGAAUGGUGUGCUCCCGAAAAAGCUGAUAUUCUAGUAUCCGAGUUGCUUGGCUCUUUCGGCGACAACGAACUCUCUCCAGAAUGUUUGGAUGGAGUUCAAAGAUUUUUAAAAGACGACGGGAUAAGUAUACCAUGCUCGUACACGUCGUACAUUGCUCCUGUACAGUCUUCAAAAUUGUACAAUGAAGUAAGACUGUGUAAAGAUAAAGAAAAACACUGGUUGGCUCAUUUUGAAACUUCUUAUGUCGUUCAUCUUCAAAACAAAUACGACAUAGCAAAACCGCAGCCAUUGUUUACAUUCAACCAUCCAAACAGAGAGUGUAUCAUUGAUAAUUCAAGAUACGAAACAAAAAAAUUCGCGGUACAGCAAAAUUGUGUGCUACAUGGAUUUUCUGGAUACUUUGAUACAGUUUUAUACAAAAAUGUUACACUGAGCAUAGAACCCAGUACACGUAGUCCCGGAAUGUUCAGUUGGUUUCCUAUCUUUUUUCCAAUUAAGGAACCGGUACAGCUAAAAGCAGGGGACGAAGUAGUUGUUCAUUUUUGGCGCCAAUGUAGUUCUAAGAACGUCUGGUAUGAGUGGUGUAUCAGCAAACCUAUUGCAGGACCAGUUCAUAAUCCUAAUGGUCGUUCUUACACUAUAGGUUUAUAAUUUAGUACCUUCGUAAUUUGGUUAUCUGAUAUUAAAAGAAUACUUUCGUAAUAAAACUAUGAUGAAUUUUUUGUUAAAAGUUCCUUACAAGAGUAAAACUUAACAUCAAAUGUCGUUAUAAAUUGAUCAAGAAAGAUAUAACAGGAGUAUAGAUCAAUAAAUGUUCUUAGAAUAGAGUGUCACGUUUUUCUUCGCGGAUUAUCCACAUUGAACUCGGAGGUCACUGAUAUCGUACAACUCCGAUAACAUAAAUUACAAGUUAUCUCAUGAGUGUGGUUUUUAACCUUUUAACCUCACGUGAUCGUACUCGGGACUUCAAUAACAUUUCGUAUGUUUUGAAACUGUUAAAAAUCUGCGAUUUCCUAAACCACGAACAAAGGAUCCCAUCUGUAUUGAAACAUAAGGGUUAAGAUUUUGGUAACUGCAGAAAGCAUACACCAAAUGUGUAUUUAUUUGGAUUUUAUAUAUUUUCUGUUCAAAUUUACUUCAAUCUUUCCAAAUAAAGUUCUUUUUAUAUA